UCCCGCUUCAGAGAGGAAGGUGGCGGUGUUUGCACCACUCGAGCGAAUCGCAACCAACACAUUUCAGAAGAAGAAAUUCGGGGUUCUCAUCGGUAUCUUCAGAUUGGACCAGGAGCACUCCUUGACGGACGCUUAGGUUGGCGAUGGACGCCGGUGAAGACACGGGUGAAGCCGAGACUAUUAGUGCGCAGAGCCUGUAUGCGACGCUCGGCCUGUCAUCCGAAGAUGUGGAUGCACUUGCGCAGAUUCCCGAAAGCGAAAUCAGCGUGGAGACCCUCCCUUAUCUAAUCAUGCAGCUCAAAGCCAAGAGAGCCCUUAAAGAGUCCGCUACGGCAGACACCGACUACAGAGACAAGCCCAGGCUUUCACAGGACAAGCGGAGCACACCCGAGAGGUGCACCAGCGACAGACGCAGAAGCCCCUUGUCUUCCAGCUCAGCGCGGCGCUCCGGGAGCCACGAGCAUCAUGGGAAAGGGGAGGGGCACAGGAAGUUUGAGAGGUACACGGGAGGAAGAAGAAACCCGGCUCACAGGAAGACAUCCCGAGAGAGACAAAGUGGGGAUCACGUGGCUGUGGAGGUGGAGUCGGGCGACAACCCCACCGUUUUCCCACACAAAUGCCCUCUUUGCAAGUGCAUGCUGAAUUCCAUAAAGACAUGGAGAGACCAUCUUUCAGGGGUCCGCCACAAACUACAUGAAUCUGAACGAAGUUCUCGCUCAUUUCAACCUCCUAAAAGAGCCUACAGCUCUGAACCCGCCAUCGGGGAUCAGUACAUGUCCACCUCAUCAGACCACCUCUACCCUCCUAAGCCCAAUACGAGAGUGGUAGUUGCCAAGUUUCCUAUGGGUUCUGUGGCCGUGGGGGAGCUUGUAGAGCUUGGAAAACCAUUCGGCACAGUGGUCAAACACCUGGUGUUCCCAGCAAAGGGAUUUCUGGAGUUUAGUUCUCACAAGGAGGCUCAGAAUAUGGUCAGUCACUUCCAGUUGAAACCAGCCUUCAUAAAGGAGAACGCAGUAUUCCUCUACUUAUCACCAACCGUGGAUGGCAUUUAUACCCCGCCCAAGUUUGAUACGCCUUCACCUAAACGAACAAAGCGUUCUAAUGCACCUUCGGUGGUGUGUUUUUCACGUUUGCCUCCCGGGGAGGGCGUCGAGGCUGAAGUGCUGGAGCUCGCAGGCAUGUUUGGUGAGGUGUGGCAGUCAAAGUUCACUGACAGUAAGGCCUUGAUAGAGAUGGUUGACUGGCGUGAUGCCGACAUCAUGGUGAAGUACUACUACAGUAACCCUCUGAGGAUUCAGGGCAAAAGUGUCAAAGUGACCAUGACGCACAUCACAAGCCUGAGGUGGGGCUCAAACCAAGAAACUUUAGAGAAAGAGGACGAGGUGCUGGAUGAAGAGCAGGGCCUUCAGCUGGAGGAUGAACCCGGGAUGCUUCAUGAGAGGACAGAUGAGGAGGAAGAAAAGAAGGAAGGGGAGGAAGAGGAGAAGGAAGAGGAGGAAAAGCUGGAAGAGGAGAAAGCUAACGCUGCCGAGGAGGAGAAUAGAGAGGGAGGUUCAGAGCAGAAUCCAGAGGAAGAGGGUGUUGUGGAUGAUGCAGAAUUUCCAGAGAACAUGGAAGAUUUCGUUACAUUAGAUGAGCUGGACUACAAUGCAGGAGACUCCACUGUGCCAAAGGAUAGUAAAGUAGUGGUGGUGUGGCCUGUAAAGAAGACCCCUGACUUGAUGAAGGAUCUUCACAGUCUGUCUGCACCCUUUGGCAGUAUGGUCAAGCAUUUAUCCACGUUCAAACAGGAGGCUAUGAUUGAGCUGGAAACCGCUGAAAAAGCCCAAGAGAUGGUGCAGUUCUACAGCGAUCACAAGGCAAUGAUAUGCGGCAGGCCGGUGUCUGUUUCCAUGUGCCUCACCAUGAAGACAAUAGAGAGCCCUAGCGGGAGGUCCGUUUUCAUCAGCCGUCUUCCCAACCAGAGGAACCUGAGACAGAAAUACACUCACAAAUCCCUCUUCAAACUGACCAAGCCUUUUGGGAGACUGAUUGGCUACUCUCUGCACAGGUAUCAAGGAACGUGUUACAUGCAACUGGAAAGUACGAAGGCGGCUGAAAAAAUGGUUGCGCAGUACAGUCGGUGGCCUUGCAAAUUUUGGGGGGCGGUGCUGAGGAUAGCCAUGUGCAGGAAAGGGGACUCUCUGAUUCGCUGGAGACACCCUGAAAAUGUAGAGGAGAGAGAGUUAAAAAAGGCCACAAAAGAAAUUAAACCAAGCACUGAAAGGACAGAAAAUGACCAGAUAAAUCAUAUGAGAGGAAAUACGUGUGUGCAGAGCCAGCAGAGUUCUUUACCGGGUUGUGAAGGUGUUGGAGGGGAUCCGGUUUGUGAAAGUAAAGGUUCAGAAGAGGAUAGUCAGCUGGAGAAAACCCCUCUGAGCCCUUAUCAGCCAGACCAGACUGUGGGUGUGAACUACGUCAUCCCAGUAACUGGUUUCUUCUGCAAGCUGUGUAACAUGUUCUACACUGAUGAGAAAAGAGCAAAAUCAGAGCACUGCCGCAGCCUUGAACACUACAACAACCUCAAGUUUAAACAUGCUGAAGUGGUGGAAGAGGCAGAUGGACACCCGGAUGGCUGAGUCAAAGAACACAAAGAAGACAAAGACAUUGUACUUUGCAUUGUUUUUUGUUUUGUUUUUAUUUGUUUUCAUUCCACUUAGUUUCAAUAUUGUUUGUGUUCAGAUGUUUUGUUUUUCAGAGCGUUACGAGAGUGAGUGAGUGAGUGUGUGAGAGACAGAUGUGUGUGGACAAAAUUGUGAAGCCAUUGUGAUGGUUUGGUUGUUUAACAGUAAGCAGAACGAACAUGUAUAUCAGCUGAAGGAGAGCGUUUUGAAAUAAACUCAAGUUUGUUUACUGUCACCUAUA